CCGGAGCUGCAUUCACUCGCGUCUCACUGUGCGGACAGCAUCUGUCAACUCCCCGGACCAACUCAUUACAGCGCACAAAGAGAGAGAAACACACCUGCUACUGAUGCGAGAGGCCACAGCACACUUUACAGCGCCAUGCGAUGAAACAACCGCCAGCGCGUGAGGAACAGCGUCCACAUCUGAGAAACAAGGACAGACGCCUGGCAUCACUGAGCAACUCGAUCUGGAGGCGCACCUGAGUAUACUCCAAAGAUCUCAUUAGUCUGUGAUGAGCAUCGUCAUCCAGCACAGACCCAAGACAGCGCUACGUAUCCUCUAAGAGGAAGUGAUGUCACGACACCAUCACCGCUUUGAGAGAGACUAUCGAGGCCCCUGGGACCGUCGCGAGCGAGCCGGAGGCCUUCACAAUGGCGUUGGCAACAGCACCUGCUCCUCAGCACCGCCCGUGGCCAACGGCAACAACCGUCCGGGACUCCUCCCGCUCCCGGUCAUCCCGUCCCUCCUUCCCACCCCUGUGACCAUCGCCGUGACGUCGGCCAGCAACGACCUCGCCGCCAAGCGCUCAGGAGCCUCUGCAUCCGCCACGGCACCUGUUGUGAAGGCGGCGGGUCUUUCUCCUGGUGAGACACAGCCUCCGAGUCUCCUGUUGGCUCCUGGAGUGAGAUGGGGCCAGACCCCCAUCAACCAGUCCACUCCGUGGGAGACCGACGAGCCUCCCACCAAGCAGCACAGAGAGAGCGACACCACAGGGCCCCCAUGGGUGCCUCCAGGGGUAGCGGCCAGUCAGCCCAGCUUACUGGCCCAUUCGUAUGGGAUGCCUCAGCCACCCGCCUAUAGCCAAGGAGUGUCCGUCCAGUCUCCCAUCAUCGGCGUGACCCCAGCCAUCCAGACGCCCAUCCCACCGCACCAUCCACUCAUGACCGCCCACUUCCAGCUUCCUCCCCUCUCCUCCCAAGUGCCAGGUAGCCUGGUCCUAAACCUACAGAACCAGUCACCCUACGCCACCAGCCAGCUGCCAAUCACCCCAUCGCCCCUCACGACGGCCGGCCGGGUAGUUCACCCCGCCCCUCAGAGCGUGGUGGGAAACGGUCACAUGACACACCCGCUCAUACAGCCACCUGCUUUGCCUUCCGCCGCGCUGCCACUAACGAACGGACAGGCGACGACUCAGCCGGCAUCAGCCAAUCAGGAAAGUCCGAUCAGGCUUCAGAUGCUCCGUACGGUCGGAAUGGGGAAGUACGAGUUCACAGACCCGAGUCAUCCGAAAGAGAUGUUGAAGGAUUUGAACCAGCAGCGCAGAGAGAAAGAGUUUACAGACCUGAAAAUUAUAGUUGAAGGCAAAGAGUUUGAAGUCCACCAAAAUGUUCUAGCUUCCUGCAGCUUGUAUUUCAAGGACCUGGUGAAAAGGUCGUCGAGAGAGACGGGCAGUGGAGAGAAGCUGGAGCUGAAGAUGACAAACAUCGGUGCAGAUGUGCUGGAGCUGCUGCUGGAGUUUGUCUACACCGGCUCGCUGGUCAUCCACUCGGCCAACGCCAAAACCUUGCUGGAGGCCGCCAACAAGUUUCAGUUCAACACUUUCUGCAAAGUCUGCGUGUCUUUCUUAGAGCACAUAUCCGAGUUGCUGGCCGUCGUUAGACUUCCAUUCAUUCACCCCAGUUACCUGCUGAACGUGGUGGACAAUGAGGAGCUGAUUAAAUCGUCUGAGGCUUGCCGAGAUCUGGUCAACGAGGCCAAGCGCUACCACAUGCUGCCUCACGCGCGGCAGGAGAUGCAGACGCCCAGGACGCGGCCGAGACUCUCUGCAGCUGUGCAUCUCAGUGUCAUUGUAGCGGCUCUGACUGUAUCUGAAGUCAAUCUCAGGCUGCUGAAAAAAUGCAACCAAACUAAUUUAUGGUUCAAUAAGGCUGUCUUCAUGCAGCGCUGUGAAUCACUCUCGCUCUCUCCUCGCACAGCCGCUCCAGCCCCCAUGAUUCCCUCAGCAAGGCGUGAGCCCGUGAGUGAGCUCCUCGGGGUGGCUGGAAACUUGGACCAUGUGGAAAGGUACGACACCAUCACGAAUCAGUGGGAGACGGUCUCUCCGCUGCCCAAGCCCGUUCAUUCGGCGGCUGCCACCGUGUGCGGCGGGAAGAUCUACGUGUUCGGCGGUGUGAAUGAAGCUGGACGCUCAGCUGGUGUUUUACAGUCUUACGUCCCUCAGACCAACACCUGGAGCUUUAUAGAGUCCCCCAUGAUCGAUAACAAGUAUGCUCCUGCUGUGAGCCUCAAUGGUUUUAUCUUCAUCCUGGGAGGAGCCUACGCCCGAGCCACCACUAUCUACGACCCACACAAGGGCAACAUCAAAGCCGGCCCCAACAUGAAUCACUCCAGGCAGUUCUGCAGUGCGGCGAUCCUAGAUGGCAAGAUCUAUGCAACGGGAGGGAUCGUGAGCAGUGAGGGACCGGCGCUGGGCAACAUGGAGACCUUCGACCCUUGCACGAACACGUGGACGCUGCUGCAGAAUCUGCCGUGUCCGCUUUUCAGACACGGAUGUGUGGUUAUAAAGAAGUACAUUCAGAGCGGCUGACGAUGUGCUCGACUCUGGACUUCUCUAAUGUCACGAACUGGCCUAAACCAGCCCAUCGAGUUCCAACCAGCCAACCUGGGUGGAACACAGUCGGACCGUUGCAGUUAGCAAGGGAUCCAUAGCGUAGCUCCCCCUCAGGUGUCGUGCCAUUGGAACUGUAUUCUAGGUCAGCCAAAUGCAUUUAUUUAUUUUUUUUUGGUCCCUCUUCCAAUGUUUGAGUUGAUGUUUUUCUCCCUCAUGAUGUUUCUUUGAUAAGGUUCCCAUCAAAUCUCGUUUUUCAUUGGUAGUCAUGAGAAUAUGGGAUUGUGUAUCAUGAUCAGUUUCAUCUUGAAAGGACUUCCGCAAGAAGCCAAAGGACGACAAUGCUAGUCAUGUAGCCCUCCAGCGAGGGUCAGCGCUACAGAGAGCCGGGAUUGAAUGAAGGCCCUCCUGAACUCCAAAGCACAAAAAUACCAGAACCUGUGAUGCCCAGAGGAGUUUCAUUUCAUUUUGUUCUGUGUAAAUCAUUCCACCUUUUCUUUGUGGGUUUUAUCCUUGUGGUUUAUUCCAAUCCACGACCCUGCAGCUGUGGCAGAAUACAGAUGGAAGGAGAAACUUUGUAUUAUAGGGAAGAUAUGUAUAUUUUAAAAACGAAUGAAAAUUGUGUAUAAAUGUUUUUAGAGAAAAAACAAUGGAUUGGACAAUGUCUGUAAAUCUGUAUCCUACCGGAACAAUUUACAUUAUUAAUGCUGAAUUACAUAUCCAAAGCAACAAGUUGACUGUUUAUUUACAUUUCACUCUUUUGCAUGAUGUUCUCACAACUUAUGACCAAGUUGUCAUUUUUGGCUAACCUGUAAGGAUUUUUACUUAUGAAGUGCAAUUUCUUUCUGAGUAAAUGUCUAUUUAUUAAAGUUAGUUCUGUAGUUUCCAUAACACACACACACAAAAAAAU